CGCCCUGUCUUCCCGAACGUGCGCUUUUCUGUCUUCUUCCGGGCUGAUUGACCCUUUUCAGCCCCCGUAGGCAGUGGGUCCAAAGUACCGGUCAAAAUGGAAGUGAAUCCCCCCAAACAGGAGCACCUGCUGGCCCUGAAAGUGAUGCGGUUGACUAAGCCUACUUUAUUUACCAAUAUUCCAGUAACAUGUGAAGAGAAAGACUUGCCUGGAGACCUCUUUAACCAGCUCAUGAGAGAUGAUCCUUCAACUGUAAAUGGUGCAGAGAUUCUAAUGUUGGGAGAAAUGUUGACUUUACCACAGAAUUUUGGGAAUAUAUUUUUGGGAGAGACCUUUUCCAGUUAUAUCAGCGUUCAUAAUGAUAGCAAUCAAGUUGUAAAAGAUAUAUUGGUUAAAGCACCAUGUUAUAGUGGUGAACAAGAGAAGGCAAGCGGUUCCUGCCUCAACAGACCUUACAUCUUUGGUAGGGGAGACAGAAGGAAACAGGCUGAUCUUCAGACAAGUUCUCAGCGUUUAAAUCUUUCCGCCUCCAAUGCUGCAGUGGCUGAACUUAAACCCGAUUGUUGUAUAGAUGAUGUCAUACACCAUGAAGUAAAGGAGAUUGGAACACACAUCUUGGUGUGUGCAGUGAGUUAUACAACUCAGGGUGGAGAAAAAAUGUAUUUUAGAAAAUUCUUCAAAUUUCAGGUUCUCAAACCAUUGGAUGUGAAAACCAAAUUUUACAAUGCAGAGAGUGACCUCAGUUCUGUGACUGAUGAAGUAUUUCUUGAAGCCCAGAUUCAGAACAUUACAACCUCACCCAUGUUUAUGGAGAAAGUUUCAUUGGAGCCAUCUAUAAUGUACAAUGUAGCAGAAUUAAAUUCAGUCAACCAAGCUGGAGAAUGUGUAACUACAUUUGGGUCAAGAGCAUAUCUGCAGCCAAUGGAUACACGCCAGUACUUGUACUGCCUAAAACCCAAGAAGGAGUUUGCAGAAAAAGCAGGCAUCAUUAAGGGAGUAACGGUAAUUGGAAAAUUGGAUAUAGUAUGGAAAACAAAUCUAGGUGAAAGGGGAAGAUUACAGACCAGCCAACUUCAAAGAAUGGCUCCAGGUUAUGGAGAUGUUAGGUUGUCUUUGGAGGCAAUCCCAGAUACUGUAAACCUAGAAGAACCUUUUCAUAUUACUUGUAAAAUAACAAACUGCAGCAGUGAAAGGACGAUGGAUCUCGUUUUGGAAAUGUGCAAUACCAGUUCUAUCCACUGGUGUGGCAUUUCAGGAAGACAGCUUGGAAAGCUCCAUCCAAGUUCCUCUCUCUGCCUUGCCCUCACUCUACUGUCUUCAGUACAGGGGCUGCAAAGUGUCUCCGGCUUAAGACUAACAGACACGUUCUUAAAGAGAACAUAUGAAUAUGAUGACAUCGCACAAGUCUGCGUGGUAUCUUCGGCCAUUAAAGUGGAAAGCUGAAGAAAAUUUCCAAUGUUACGCUUGUCAUUGAGUUUCCCAGAACUUUCUGUAUUUUUGUCACUUUUGUAAAAUGAUCAAGUCAACAGUAAAAAUAAGUAUAUAUUAUUUAAAUUUCUUUCCUGUAAAACAGUUAAAAUAUUUGUUUUGAAAAGAACCAUUUACUGAUUUUAUCUUGUGAGUUACAGUCUAGAUGAACAUUUGUAUACUUUCCACACAUAUGCUAUUUUGUUUCAUUUUAAAUGACCAUUGGACUUUGUUCUCCAAAAGCUCUAUAUUUGAGGCCAUUUGUCCCUAGCAGGUAUCUUGAAUAAUGGUCAGCAAACUUUUCAUGUAAAGGGUCAGAUACUACAUAUUUUAGAUCUUGCAGUCCAUGUGGUUUCUAUUGAAAAUGCUCAACUCUGCUGUUAUAGUGCAAAAGCAGCCAGUAGGCAAAAAUUGCACAGCAGCGUUUACAAAAACAGACAGCUGGCCAGAUUUGGUCUGCGGGCCGUAGUUUGCUGAUCUCAAUCUAGAAGAUACAGUUGUUUCUUAAAAUUUUAGAAUUCUUAUCAUACUUUACUUAGAAGUAUUUCCGUUAACCCCCGUUUUUUCCGUCAGUCAAUAAAAAAAGUUUAAAAUAACCGGGGUGGUCCUCAUGUAAUCUUGUAUUUGCUAACACAAUAUGAGUUUUUCUAGUUGUUUUCAAAAUUAUUGUAUUGGUAUCUGUGUUUGUGUGUACAUACAAACACACAUGUCUAAGUUUCAGUUACUAACAGCAGAUCAGAAUUGGUUUUAUUUCUUAAAUUGUUGAUUACUCUGUUAACUAAGAAGUCUGAUAAUUUUCUAAUUCUAAGCCAAAAAAGUCCUGUUUUUUUUUCCCCAUUGAAAAAUAAGCCACUUAUUUUCAUAAGGAUUAAAGGAUUUCCAGCUUCUGAUACUUGCUUUUGAACUCUACAUCAUGUAUUAAUAUUACAAAACUUUCUAUCUCUGCAUGUAAUCACACUAAUUUACUUAUGCCAUAUACAAAACAAUGAGAAAGUUAAGACUAUAAACAACUUUACAGCAUGAAUGUAAUAAAAGUUUCAAUAUUUUGAAAACAAAAGCUAAUACUGUUAAAUAAAACUUAUUUUGCUAAGUUGAAAUUCAAGGAUGUAUAUAUAAUUGCUUACAUGUAAAGAGUGCAUAAAGUCAAAUACAAAAGUUGGUUUUUCUUAAAUGCAUUAAUUAUUUAUUGCCAUGACAAACUGUUUGGUCCAAAAUGAAAGCUAUAUUCAGAAUGAGAUUUGCCCUUAAAUUAGAGAGGUAAUCAAUGAAAUGUCUGUGCAAAAUAAAGUGCAAGCAGUAUAAAAUUGAAGUCUGUGUUUCCUCCAAAAUGAGUACAAUUCAUUAAAUGAUGAAAUAAGACUUUAUAGCCACUGCACUGGGUACUGCGAUAACUUUUCAAGCAUCUUCUCGUGACUGAACCUUCUGUUUCAUUCUGUUUCAAAUUUUAAAAGUAACAUACAAUGGUCACUUGGAAUCUGCUAUAUAAUUUGACUUAUAAUUACAAAGACUCCUUUUAUAAGCAAUACCUAGAUACAUAAUGUUCCUUCUUUAAGUAAAGGUUAGAAAAUGUCAUCUUAGAAAGGAUGUUUAAACCAUGUUAUAAAAAUUAGCUAAACAAUUUGGUACAUUAAGUGGAAAUGUCAUUUGUGUAAAAAGGACAUUGUAAAUUUUACAUAGCAUCAUAACAGCUACAGCUACUAUAAUGAAAAGUGGUUAAUGGAAGUCAGUUAUUCCUAAGUAGAAUGUAUAUAAAGAUUUACUUUAAUGCUCUCUUGUUUCAGACAAGCAAAAUAACUUUUGGAGCACUGUUUAUCAUUUUAAGAGUAGCUAACACGAUACAGCUACACAAAACCUUCUUGCAAUAGCGUGCAAUGCAGUAAUUCCAAAGUGAUGAAAGUACUUAAAAAGCAAAAAUGGCUUGAAUAGAAUGGAAAUCCAGGUAAGUGGACAGAUUAUCUAGGUUUAAUUUGUUAUGGAUGGUAUAUUAGAAGAGAAACAAACUAGAAGGAUGAAAUGGAAUACACCAAUUCGCAUUACUUCAUGUAAAAAGAAUGGCUACCUUAA